ACAUUCGGACAUCGAAAAAUGUGGCGAGCAUUCGGCGUGCACAGCCGAGCGUUCAUGCGGCGAACGGGCGACUCAGUGUUGACUAAUGAACCGUACUCCUUGUGAUCCGUCUUUACUGGACGGCGUCGUCAGCGAGACAUCGACAGAAGAGCCAUACCACAUACAGAACGACGGGCACCCAUCGAACCAGGACGUGUACAUCGACGCCGAUGAAGGCUCCGGUCUAGAGACCGACGAGAGCUCUGGCUCCGGGUGGGGCGCAGGCCCUGGCCCCGACGACGAGGACGGCCGAGGCUCAGGUGACGCUGUCCAACUGCCUGAAGAUGACGAAGACUUCACCCCGUUACCAACAUCGCCGAAGCAGGCGGAGCCCGUGCUGCCAGAGGAUACGGAGGAGCCGAUCAGUCUGGAUGUAGAUCCCGUCCCCAGCACCGACCCUCCGUCCCCCGUCGAAGUAGUUGUUCCUGUGAACGCUAAGCCCAACGAGGGGGUGGUAGAGGAGCCGCACGGCGCGGGGGAGGAGGUACCCUCGCGCCCCGACCAAACAGACAUCAGCAUCUCCGGCGAGGAGACCAAUCCUUCCACGGACCAGCUGCCGUCCGGCAGUAACGCGGACGCGGAGUCGCGGCAGCGCGAGGUGGUCAUCAUGGACGUGAAGCCCGAGGACCGCGCCACCAGCUUCUUCGCACAGCCGGGCAUACUUGCCGCGGUGAUCGGCGGCGCAGUGGUGGGUCUGCUGUGCGCGAUCCUGGUGGUGAUGUUCAUAGUGUACCGCAUGCGCAAGAAGGACGAGGGCUCGUACGCACUCGACGAACCCAAGCGCUCUCCCGCCGCCGCGUCCUACGGGAAGGGACACAACAACCGGGAGUUCUACGCGUGAGACCGCCCGCCCAACGAUUACUAGUCGAAUGCCAAUAACAUACUAACAUUUUAACCGCGGAUGUUACAUGACUCGGUCAACGUUUCCAGAUUACCAGUUCGAUCUGUCCGGCCGUGGUUCCUUUGCCAGUUUAUUUAUUUGUACCACUUAGAAUGUUAGUAGUUAGUGGCGCCACUCGUGUCCGCUUCGGGAGCGACGUCGUUUGACGCGUUCCGUUUCACGCAAGGGAUCUUCGACUGCAUUUUUAUUAACGUGGCUAAUGUUUCUGUGAUUUGCAUGUAACGAAACACCGACGAAUUGUUUGUUUUAAAUGACAUGUACGGUUUGUACUGUCGAAGUACAAGCCUGGUACUAGAGUCUGAACGAUGGGUUAAAGCAUUCAAAUUAUCACGUUUGAGACCAAGUUUUAUAUAAGUAAUGAUAAAUAUCAAAAGUUUUCAGUGUUAGGGCCGUCGCGGUGUGUGUGGGUCUGUGUGAGGCUGAGUGUUCCGCGGUGUAUUCUGUAUAAAAUUGUGCCAUCCGCUUAUCUUCUACUGUAUAUUUGCCAAUUUCUCUUUGCUGUGUCUAAAGUCACAAGUUUUAUUUCCACGUCCAAAUCUGAUGUUUGUGUAAUAUAAUGUAUGUUAGAUUAUAUUCUAAGAUUCGUAGAAUUUGUAUGAACUAUUUCGCCCUCGCGGAUAUUGUCUCAGGAACUCGAUGAAAAGAAUACUAUACACUACGUUCCUUGUAUCUAUAAAUAAUUAUGUGAUUUUUAUAACACAUACAAUAUGUAUGUAUUUAUGGACCCGUAAAAAAAAUACAAUAAUUUUGACAUUUUCUUUUUUAGUCGAUUGUUUUCUUUUAAUUUUAAGUCUUAUCGAUUUGUUUGUAAAUCAAGUAAUCAAUAUUUGUUGUAAUUUUAGUGAAUUGAUAUAACUUUGUUUUAAUAAUUUUAAUCUCGUCAUUAUUUUAGGUUUUAGUUACGAAGCUAAGAAUUUACUCUUAUCUUGGUUGUGCAACGACAUUUUGUAAUUAACUUUGUGUCUUACGUACUUUGUGCCAUCUUUUGUUCUAAGCAGUAAUAUUUGUUGAUCGUGCUUUAGGCGAUCUGUCAAAAACUACAUAUUUAAUCUGUAAAAAGUACAUUUUACAUUAAAUUUUAUGAUUGAAGAAGCAAUAGUUUCCAAUUUAUGAGAAACGAAAUGACCAGUAAAAAGAUAUGUAAAUUUUUGACAGAUGCUCUAAACCGCCAAAAUGGCGUCACGAUUUGAUAACACGCUAGUUAACAGUCCGCUCUAAUAUCUACAGUGUUAGUUAAUUCUGUUAUUUAACGAAUGACAUCACGUCAAUUAAUUUAUUUUAUAAAAGAGGGGCCUGUCGAGAAAAUUUGCUGACAUUAUCAACCUUAAUCGAUAUUCCAAUAAUGGCGUCGGAGAAAUAUUCUAGUAUAUUUUAAUGUUUGUAUAAAAAAUAUCUUGAACAUUAUUGUAUGAUUUCUAAUAAUUAUGUAAUUAUAAAAAAAUCUAAAUUCGGUUUAUUAGAUUUAACGUGCGUUUUUCAUUUCAAGAGAAUGAGGAAACGUAACCAUACAGCCAAAUCGAUUAACGUAAUAUCGAUUUAUUGUUGUAAAAUUUUCUCACAGGCUACUAGAUUGUUGUAAAUGACACAUUGUUAAUAAUGUAUUGUUUAAGUUCAUACAAAUAAGGUUUAUAUUUGCAUGUAAACUAUUGGGGUUGAAUAUUAAAAUAAUUGCAAAGACAAGUCUAAGAUCUUAUUGGACAUUUCAUUAGUAAUUUAGAAUUUAAAACAAGUUUUUGAUGUAAGAAUUUUAGAUGUACAUUGCAUGUAAAAAAUUGUUGAGUAAGAAAUUAACUAGAACUAUAUUUGUCCCGUCUUUUCAUAUUAGAUAAUAUUACAAGCGGACUUUGAGUAGUUUGUGCAAUGAUGCUGUUAUCUGUGACCCUCACGCAUACACAAAUACCACAAACACUUAUAAUUCUAGAUACAACACUAACUCAUAUACUAUUGUGAAGUUUGAAUAUGCGUGGUUGUGUUGCGUGAGUACACAUUUUGCAAAGUGAGUAUUUUAUACUGUUUGAUAAUUCAUUCUAAAAUAUUUGACAUGUAAUUAUUAAGUGUUGCCAAUCAAAUAAAAAAAAAAUAAUUUAAUUAUUUUUUAAAUCAUUCUAGACUGUAUUUCUUGCUUACACAAUGCAGUUUACAUCUAAAAAUCUAUAUCCAAAUACAUUCCUAUCUGAUUGGAUAGAAUACCUUGUAUGCUGUAGGGGCGAACAGCGGUGGGCCAGGACAAAUAGAAUGGCCAUGACUCCAAAACGAUUCCACAGCCACGAACUGCUCUGACUGUAAUAAUUAAACCCACGUCAUUAUUUGCAACAAUUAUUAUCCGGAAUUAGACUUAACACACUAGUCCAAUGCAAGGUUAUAUUUUCAUCAGGCAGCCAAGACGCCUCUUCCUCUGUUAAGGUUCGCAUGUGGAAGGAGGCUUGUAUUCGCUUGGGUAGAGACCACCGUACACACGGUGUAAAACCCGCCAUAGUGACCCACGUUAGUGUCUCGCGUUCCAGGACCAGCCUGUGUAUAUGCAGUUCAAAAUAGACCGGCAUAAUUGUGCAAGGGAUAUACAUCUCUCAAUGUCAACACUACCUGUCACUUUGCAUGUAAAAAGAUAUUGAAUCCCAUACAAAGUUAUAAUUUGUAAUAAAGUUAUUGACAUAAUGGAUUUUUACUAAACUGAGCGUUUCAAAGCAAAUUGGAAUUGUUUUGUGUUAUGGCGAUUUGUUUAUGGCCUCGUAUGCGUAAGUUGUACAUUGUAAUUGUAAAUUCUCUUAGACUUACAAAAUUAUUUAAAUAACAUAUAACCAAAAAACUAGAUCGCUAAUGAUUUUUUGUUUCUGCUAUGGGUUUUAUAUAACUGUUUAAUAAUCAUGAAUAUUUCCACAUACAACACUGUAAUUACUGAUUUUGAUAAUUUUUUUAUUUCGUAAUCUGUAGAAUAAAUCAAUUGUUAAAACGUCGUAUAAUAUGUACGAAUGAAAAGAUAAUAUUGAAAAUAUAAAAUUUAUGACGUGGCUGCGAAAAUUUCAAGAAAAUACAGUAAUAUUUGUUUCAAUACAGUAAAAAACUUAAAACUAAAUCAUUGAUUCAAAAAACUAAUUAUAAGCAUUUGCAAAUAUUGCACCUAAUAAGGCAAUAUCUCCUUGAACCGCUGCCUGUCUCUUAAAGAUCCAUUCGUAUUGUCAUUUUUGUAUGUAUUCACUGUUGUAUGUGAAAAUAUCCUAACGGCUAAAUAAAUAUUUGAUUUAUUUCAUACGAAUUGAAUACAGUGUGUAAUAAAUUUGCUUUUAAAAUAAUCUCUUGUUAUUCACCUUUAUAAAUCCGGCAGCUAAUAAAAGGCAACUAUUGGCAGCUGUGUGAAACAAACAUACAAUAUUGAUUCAAAAAUCCAUACAUUUAAGAUAUUUUUCUUACUGGCAACAUUAAAAAUAGAACAGAGGCUAACUGACAUAAACAUUAUCUAUGACUAAAUCAAUAUUGUAUUUUGUUACUGCGCUCAUGUUAUUUUUAUGUUUCUCAUUACAGUUGCAUGCAUCCAAAUACGAUUGUCUCGCAGAAUUCAGUAAACAGAUCAGUUUUACAUUGCGGGUGUGUAGGCCGUAAUUGCUCAUGUUAUCCUUACCUCACCAAUACGUAUGUGUAGAAGUCAUAUUUCUUCAGACUCUUGUCUAAAUCAUUGUAUUAAAAUAUCCGGCAUUCAUCAAUAUCCUUGACCUAAAAUUAAAAUCAUAUCCAAAUCAAAAACUAUAAGCAUAAAUACCUCAAACAAGAAUAACAUGCGUGUAAUAAUCAUCGACUGAUAUUGAUACUAUACGAGUCCCAAAUACGGCCAAUAUUCAUAAAUAUAGAAUCUCCAGUGCAUGCAACUGUUUUAUGUAAGACGUGAAAUAGACUAAGGUAGGGAUCAUCAUACGUCGUUGUCCACUUUGUAAAUAUUCCUUUACACUUAGGUAAAUAUACAGGAUAUUGUAAACUAA